AUGUUGAUCCUGCCACAUCCCCUCCCUGCCGUUCGGAAGCUUCUCGCUGCAUGGCAACGGGACACUGCCUGCAAACCCUCCUGUCGCGGCUGGUGCGUCGACGCGUUGCGCUUAGGCCGAGCAAAUACGACGCGAUCUGGUAAACACUUACGAAUUCGCCUCUGCGAGGGACCUCGACGGCCAAUCCGCAGCGCGAGCCCGGCGUCGCGCGACCCACCGCACCUGCGGCUCAGCCGUUUGCAGCAGUUGCUGAGUAGCGGUGGGCUCGUUAGGUCGCUGGCGGGCUGCGAUAACGACGCUCCAAAGCCCUCGUUCGCCAUGUUGAUGCUUCACCGACAUGUCUGUACCCCGCUCAUUGCGCGCCAGUCUCCCGUCCCUUUGCUACUCCGUGCCUACUGUGCCUACUUGAUGCCACGGCUCUACCACCACUCCCCACCUCUCCUGCUUCCGGCACUGCAUGCAUGGCACCAUUCCAGAGGGUCCCGGCACCACGUCGGGCCUUCCGCGAGACUCGUGCAGCAUCGCAUCCCCGUGAUGAAAUUUGCGGAUUGCGAUGUUCCCCAAGCCGUGGGGAACGGGACGAGGAUGUUCGGCUCAGCGAGAUGA